CAUGCAAAACGAGCUGGCCCAUUCUUUCCAAGCCAACCCAGCCAACCUCUGUCCCCGCUUCCCGGAGCAGAGGAGACAUAAAAACAACAAACACAGAGAGCAGUCAGUAGUAGCCUACAUACUCCUGGGUGUUCGGUUUGACAAGGGCUUUUGUGAGAGAAAAAACAGGACGCCGUUUUACCCGCAAGACAUGGGGGAAGACUACCACGGUAUAGGCUUCAUAUGACAUUGUUGCUGUUGUAGCGAUACCGACGGACGACACCAAUGGUUUAUCUAACGGGAGCUAAGUGCGAGGGACGCAGUAUCAAGCUGGGUUCCCCUGAUGUGAUGUUCGAUGCCAGCACCUGGAGGAUACGCAACAUCUGGGACGGGGUGAAACUAGAGGUCGCCGGGGAUGCGAGCCCUGUUGUCUUGCAUAGCUUCACCCAACUGGACCCUGACCUUCCGCAGUUGGAGAAUACGACCCAGGAGAUCGGUGAGGAGGUGGAGGAUGGGGCGGUGUACACCAUCACCCUGCGGAAGGUUCAGAUGCUCCACCACCACCACCAUCCUGGCCAUCACAGUGGCGGCAGCGGGGCAAGUAAGGGCCAGCGCUGGCUGGGUGUAGAAACGGACGCGGCCCUCAGCCUGUACGAGACGUGCAAGGUGCGCACCAUCAAGGCAGGCACGCUGGAGAAGCUGGUGGAGUACAUGGUCCGGGGCAACGAUUCCACCUACGUCACCAUCUUCCUCUGCACCUACCGCUCCUUCACCUCCACCAAGCAGGUCCUGGACCUACUGCUCAACAGGUAUGCCAAACUCCAACUUGGAUCAGAGGGCCACAGACUGACUCACGACGAUCGUACAGAACUGAGGAACACAAUAUCCUCCAUCUUGGGGGCGUGGCUGGACCAGUAUUCUGAGGACUUCUGGAAGCCUCCGGAGUACAGCUGCCUGCGACGGCUAAUCUCCUACCUGCACCUGAACUUCCCAGGAUCGGACCUGGAACGCCGCGCCUGCAACCUCCUGACACACUUCCACCGCCGACAGCUCCAGGAGCCCGAGCACGAGUUGCUGGACCAUGGUGGCUAUCCGUUCACCCUACUGGAGGAGAAUGGCUACGAGGAUGAGCAGCUGGACUUCCUGAACUUUGACCCGGCGGUGGUGGCCGAGCAGUUCACCCUCAUGGAUGCGGAGCUCUUUAAGAAGGUGGUUCCCUACCACUGUCUGGGGAGUAUUUGGUCGCAGCGGGACAAGAAGGGCAAGGAACACCUGGCCCCCACCAUCCGUGCCACAGUCACCCAGUUCAACUGCGUCACCAACUGUGUCAUCGCCACAUGCCUGAGCGAGCGCUCACUCAAACCCACGCAGCGCGCCAAGCUGGUGGAGCGCUGGAUCGAAGUGGCCAGGGAGUGUCGAAUCCUGAAGAACUUUUCUUCACUGCGGGCUAUCCUCUCUGCUCUGCAGUGCAACCCGGUCCACCGGCUGAAGAGGACAUGGGACGAGGUGUCCAGGGAGAACUUCCGCAUCUUCCAUGAGUUGUCAGAAAUCUUCUCCGACGAGAAUAAUCAUUCGCUCAGCAGAGAGCUGCUCAUUAAGGAAGGCACGUCCAAAUUCGCCACCCUGGAAAUAAACCCCAAACGAGCCCAGAAGAGACAGCAGCAACCCCGAGACCUGAGUGUGAUGCAGGGGACCAUUCCCUACCUGGGCACUUUCCUUACAGACCUAGUCAUGAUGGACACAGCCAUGAAGGACUACCUGGAUGGAGGGCUGAUCAAUUUUGAGAAGAGGAGGAAGGAGUUUGAGGUGAUUGCCCAGAUCAAGCUUCUGCAGCUGGCCUGCAACAACUAUAACUUCACCCGAAACAAGCGUUUCCGAGAGUGGUUCUCCGGUGUGGACAAACUCACAGAGGCUGAGAGCUACAGCCAGUCAUGUGAGAUCGAGCCAUUGUCAGAGUCAGCCUCCAACACUCUCAAGAAGAAGAACACAGGAAUCAUCAAACGCUGGAGCGAUCGCCAGCCUGCCAGCUCGGAGCCAGGCUGCAGCAGUGCGGGCAGCUCCCACUCCAAGUCCUUUGACCAGCUCCGUUACGCCCCCUGCCUGGGGGGCUCGGGUGGAGGUGGAGGGGGUGAUGGAGCAGACUCACUGAGCGUCACCUCCGCUGGCUCCAGCAGCUCCGAUGUGGAGGAGAUCAAUAUCAGCUUCAUCUCCGACUCACCCGAUGUCCACGAGCGAAAGACCUCCACGCCUUCCGUAAAACAUUCCAAUUCCACGUUAGGGAAGUGCGGCCCCUUGCCUGACCUGGCACCCACGUUCUGGGAGUCUACCUCUCUGUCCUCCUUGGAUGCCUCUGGUCUGGGCUCUGGCUCGGGCUCCAGUAGCGCCUCCUCCUCCUCCAUGUCCUCCACGCCUGUGGCGGGUGCGGGCUCCCGCUCACACAAGCGCUCCGUGUCGGGCGUGUCCAGCUACUCGUCGCUGUCACUGCCCCUCUACAACCAGCAGGUGGAUGACUGCUGCAUCAUCCGGGUCAGCCUGGACGUAGACAACGGCAACAUGUACAAGAGCAUCCUGGUGACCAGUCAGGACAAGACACCGGCGGUGGUCAGGAAGGCCAUGGUGAAACACAACCUGGACCGGGAGAGAGCGGAGGAUUACGAACUGCUGCAGAAGAUCUCUGAGGAGAAAGAGCUGAAGAUUCCAGACAAUGCCAACGUUUUCUAUGCCAUGAACUCUUCGGCCAACUACGACUUUGUCCUGAAGAAACGCGGCUUCCCCAAGGUGGGCCGGACCAAGCACGUGGCCAGCUCCACCCUGCCGCGAAUGAAGCAGAAAGGCCUGAAAAUCGCAAAGGGCAUCUUCUGAGGGGCAAUGCCAUGUCACCAGAAACCCUCACCCACCUCCCUGCUUCCUGCUGGGCUUUCUGGGUGCCAUCUUUGAGUGCCACCCCUGCUGUGCCAUGGUAGAGGGGCCUGUUGCCAGCUUGGCCGUGUUCAGCAUCUGAGCGUGAAAGCCUCAGAGGACUAAUAAAGCUGAAUGGAAUGGAAAUCCCUAUUGGCCAAUGAACUUGCACUCAACUCCAUUUUGCGAGGCAGGUGACUGUCCUUGUGGAAGUAGUGACUCUGUGUGGAUGCUGUGUAUGCUUACCCACAUCUGACCCCUCUCCCAGGUGUUUCCUAACCAGGCUACAACCCAUGUUCAGGUCACUUCCUGUGAGUCCACAUCACUUCCUGUUAGCUUCACAGCUCUCUGUGGAUGCCCUAAUCGAGAGGGGAAAACCUGAGUAAAAAUAUAACUAUGUCAUCUAGGUGUGUAGGAAAAUGAAUUCCUCCCCUCUAAAGGAGAUACACUCCCUCUAGUUUCUACAGACCUCUCCCUCAGCAAAGGUUCAGGUACUAUUUUUUUACACUCCUUUCUAGACUACCAUCAACUGCAUCUGUUUCUUCGAUGUUCCGCGACACGCGGACUGAGACAGAUGGACAGAUGCUCAGUACUGCCAGCUAGCGGAGGGAAACGCGUUCCAACGAACCACUAAAAGGAUUUUGGGAGAGAAAGGCCCCUACUGGAUAGAUACAUCGGGUUGUUAACCAAUCAUCAGAAACUUUACUCCUUUUAACUACUCACUGCUAAUGGGAACAUGUCCCGUUUGUUAAACUAACACUAUUCACACAAAUAGGGCAUUAUUAUUACAACAAACAUUCAAUAAUAGCUCAUUUUGUCACUGCUUUGAUGCGGCGGCACUCUGCAUUUGUGCAUUGCGUCUUAUUUCUCCAAGUGGUGCUAACAGACAAUGAAAUGCUACAGCCCCCUCCCCUUUUAUUUCAUGCCUGAUGUCUUUCAGUUUCACGCUAGAGUUUGAGAGAGAGGCUCUCUCCUGAUAUGAAGGAGUAGGCAGCCAUGAGGGCUCAAUGAUGAUGGUUCAUGGAAAUAGUGCAACUGAGGCAUCCAGCAUGCAUUUUGGUUCAGUAUUUGUUUUAAUGGGUGCAUUUCUGGGAAGCCAAAAAAAGCGAUGUGGCCAGUUAGAGUACAUUAUGGUGACCUGAAAUGCACAAAGUCGGGCGGCCAUUGCGGCUCAAACACGAUGGCACUAAAUGGCUUCUCCUCGAUUGGCAAUGCCUUAGAGAGUAGAACUGCCUACACAAAAUGGCUGUUGUUGGCAUGGUGACCACUCCCUCAGAUCAUCAAGAAAGUUAGCUCCGAGCCAUUUGAUGGACCCCAAUGUGUGCUAGACCCUCUUGUCAAUGACUUGCAGGAGGAGAGAAAUGUAUGUAAAAGGACACUGUGCUCCCUUUUAACUAGAAGUGCGUGUGUGGAAAGUACUCAAGCACUCGGAGAGAGAGAUGUAUGUUGUAUUGUGAAAUGAAGCGUGGUUUUUAAAUGUCCAGUCUUUUUGUUCCCUAUAGUGUAAAGAAGAAGAAACGAGAAUGAAAGGACUGUCCCUUUUGUUUGCUCCCUUCCUUUCAUCACAAGGCCUUUCAUCCUUGUGUACCAGGGUUGGAGGUCAACUUCAUUUCAAUUCAGUUAAUUCAGCAGAUAAAUGAAAAAGAGGAAGAGAAAGUACAACUCAACUAAAACAUUGUCAACUCCACGUGUGCCAAAGACCGGUGGACUAUGAUGAAGUAUGAGGUGGUUUCGGGAGCAUUGAGAUUUGAAGUGGAGGGAGUGAGUUUGCCUGCUGUUGAGAGGAUCAGAAGUUGUGUGAUUCUUUGUGUAUGAGAUGAGUCCUUGGUUUGUAGUACCCCAUGUCUAUCCAUUUCCUACAGUAUUGCAGCACUUUGGAUCAAACCUAAUAUCCCUAUUUAACAGCAGCCAUGACAGUAGUGUUGUGGAUUACAGUGUUAAAACUCAAGCCUUUGCUCAAAGAGUUUUCUGAAACGAGUGACUUUUUGACUGAACGUGUCACACUGAGUACGGUUGCAUGCACACAAUAAUACAAUUAUUGUGAAUAGUCAGAUGAAUAUAAUAGUUUGAUUGAAAUGUUUACAUGUUUUGCAAGAAGAAUGAUUUUCCUAAUAAUCCUGUUUACAUGGAUCUGAAAUCAGACAACCUGGUGGGACUUUGAUGAAUGCAGAAUAUCAGCAGUCAAAAUCAACGUUCUACCACAGCUACCAUGUUAUCUUUGUAAAGCAUAGUUGAUUCUGAGUUCGGACAUACAGCGUUUAUGUGAAAACGACUUCUAAGAUGUGUACUUUAAGUUUUUCCUAACUCACUUCACUCGUGCAAAAGAAGGAAGCUCGCCCUGCUUGCGCUAACACACACACACACACACACACACACACACACACACACACACACACACACACACAGAUCAAACACAUCGCUAUAACUGAUUAAAGCGUUUACAUGUCCUAAAAUCUUUAAAGAUGGCUCAGAAAAUCAGGUGUUUUAAUUGGCGUAUGCUUACUUCAAAUAGGUGUUUACAUGACUAAUGCCAUACAUACUCAUAAUCAGUUUAACAUCAAAUUAUUAAUGUGCAUGUAACCGUACUCAAUGUGUCAUGUGCAAGACAGUAAAUGUUCUAAUAGGGACAUGGGAUUGCAUCUCUAUCAGAGGGCACAUAUAAACUGGCUAUACUUUUAUAGCCUUUUUACACUAUUGUGCUAACCUGAACCGUAGUGUGCUGGCUCGAUCUGAUAUUUUCUUUUGACAUGGUACAUAACCAGGCCAACGCAGUACAGCUUGGCUCAGCUCAGUACAGUAAAAAGGGUAUGUCAAAUGCCACAUAAAUCCUAUAACACGCCACAGCAGUCGUCAGACUACAUUUCACAACAAAAGCUUGAUGUGCCUAACAGUAAAGCCAUGGACAUGGUUUCAUGUGCUAUGAUGAUCGUGUUUCACGUGUCAGUUAUCAGAAACAUGGGUGGUCAUAUUUAUCGCAUGUUAGUACUGCAUUAUGAAUGCAUUACGGCAGUAUAAUAUAAGUGAUUUUCAUGCUUUCAAGUGUGCUGGUUGGUGGUGGUGUUGAAAAGGACGCUGUAUGUUUGUGGAUGUUGGGGUCCGGUAGUCUACUGUGAUUACAUGUGAUUUGCUGGACUUCAUAUUAGUGGUGUUGAUGGAAGUUGCCCCUAAGCCCUGAUUCAAGGUCAGCGUCUAUUUCUACAUCCUAUUAACAAGAUUAGGAUUUGUGUUGGGAAAGCUGAACCUGGAUCUGCAGUUAAAUACUUUUUGUGGUUGAUCAAUGAGUGAGAGAUGGAUUCUUUAACUGGAGAUCCUUAAACUUUUGUGAAAAAUCAUGCAUUUGUGUCAGUGGGUUUCCAGUUAAUGUCAGUAAGCGUUCAUCCCGGAAUGUGUGCUUAUCUUAAUUUUUUGCUAAUGUCUUUGUGCCCUCCCCAGCUACCCAGCCUAUCUACACUGAGUGUACACAACAGUAGGAACACUUUCCUAAUACUGAGUUGCACCCCCCCUUUUGCCCUCAGAACAGCCUCAAUUCGUUGGGGCAUGGACUCUACGAGGUGUUGAAAGCGUUCCACAGGGAUGCUGGCCCAUGUUGACUACAAUGUUUGUCACAGUUUCAAGUUGGCUAGAUGUCCUUUUGGGGGUGGACCAUUCUUUAUACACACAGGAGACCCAACAGCGUUGCAGUUUUUUGACACACUCAAACCGAUGCACCUGGCACAUACUACCAUACCCUGCUCAAAGGCACUUAAAUAUUUUGUCUUGCCCUUGUCUUCACCCUCUGACUGGCACACAUAAACAAUAAAUGUCUCAAUUGUG